AUGUUUCAGGGUUUUUUCCCCCCUUUGUUUUUAGUUACAAAUUCUUGGUACCUUCCUGAUGUACGAGGUGACAUUCCACCAGGUUGUGCGGCCCAUAGUUUGGUUUGUGAAGGCACACGAAUCCUUAUGUUUGGAGGAAUAGUUGAACAUGGCAAAUACAGCAAUGACUUGUAUGAGUUACAGGCAAGCUAUUGGCUGUGGAAGAAACUAAACCCUGAGCCUCCAACCAGUGACUCACUACCUUGUCCCCGUCUUGGCCAUAGCUUCAACUUGCAUGGCAACAAGUGCUAUUUGUUCGGUGGCUUGACAAACGAUGGUGAAGAUCUGAGCAGUAACAUCCCAAGGUAUUUAAACGACUUAUAUGAGCUAGAACUGAGACCUGGCUCUGGAGUGGUAGGCUGGAAAGUCUUGGACACAAAAGGUGAUCCGCCGUACCCUAGAGAGUCACACACAAGUGUUGUGUACUGCAAAAAGGAUUCCUGCAAAACAAAGCUUGUAAUAUUUGGAGGGAUGUGUGGCUGUCGACUUGAUGAUCUCUGGGAGCUUGAUUUAGAGACCAUGACAUGGUCGAGAAUAGAAACUAAAGGACCAGUUCCAGUGCCUCGCAGUUUACACACUGCUGAUGUUCUUGGCAAUAGGAUGUAUGUUUUUGGAGGCUGGGUUCCGCUGCUGCUGGAUGACCUGAAAGUCCCUGUAUUUGUCAAUCAGUGGAAGUGCACAGGCUCAUUCUGUUGCCUGGACUUAGAUACAAUGGUCUGGACACUUCUGCUACCAGAUACUCAGGAAGACAAAAAUAAUCCUUCACCAAGGCCCAGGGCAGGCCAUUGCUCUGUUACAAUCAGCAAUCGCCUCUAUAUUUGGAGUGGAAGGGAUGGUUACAGACGAGCAUGGAAUUCUCCAGUAUGUUGCAAGGAACUUUGGUACAUUGACACUGAGAAACCACCAUCACCAUCACCAGUUCAGCUGAUCCGUGCUACCACUGACUCCAUUCAGGUAAAAUGGGGAGAAGUUCUGACUGCUGAAGCCUACCUUUUACAGAUACAAUCUGAGUCCAUUUCUCCACUUCAGCCAGUUUCAACUGCUGCUUCUCCAGUCAACUCCGAGAGUGUACCUGUGACGUCUGUUGGUGCUUCUAAGCCUGUCUCAGCCAUGUCUACAGCUCCUGUGCAGGUGUCACAGGGAGGGGCUGUAAUACUACCUUUGGGUGCUUCAGUAUCUUCUGCAACAGAUCAACAGAAAGGUGUGACCAUUCCACCAACAGGUCUGCGUGCAUUGAGUGUUACUCUUCCAUCAGGAUUCAAAAUACUCAUUCCAAGCCAAGAUACAACCUUUCCUAAAACUGUAGUGACUAACCUUUCUUCACCAGGCUGUGUACUCCUGAAGUUAGGAGCAGCAGAGAAUACUACAGAAGGUAUAUCCAUGGGUACUGAGAAGACUGUAACUACACACUCUGCAAAUCAGGAUCAGAGCAACACAGCAAAUUCUGCGCAUGUUUUGCCACCUAUGAUGCAGCAUGCAAGCGCUGUUCAGCCAUUUCAGCAUCUAGUAGAUGAUGUAACUGAUCUGUCCAAAGGGGCAGAUGAUGAAACAGAUGUGUCAUAUGACCCUGAGACUUUAGUACCAUCUGCUGAAACAGCACAGAACAUUAAAAGUGAACCUUCUGGCACAGAAGAAGUUCAGCUGGUAGCACCAGCAUCAAGCCUCAAAGCUCAUCCUCUAGUAAACACCGAACCUGAUUCAGUGCCCUUCAAUUCAACCAUUGGACCUAGUAACACGAUACCAUCACUGAAGACAGAAGAAGAAGAACUUCAGGACAUUAAACAUGAGUCCACUACUAUGGAUGCAUUGCAGCUUGAAGCUUAUCCUGCAGACAGACAGUCUGAUAUGACUAAUAUGACUACAGCACUGGCUGAUGUUACUAUCGUACGUGACAUUGUAAGCUCAAAACUGCCAAUGGAAGUGCAGCAGGAUGUUAAAAGUGAAUCUUCUGGUGAUGAUGACACUCAGCUGGUGGGAGUAGUUCCAAAUCUUGAAGUGCAGCACCCACUAGAUGAAGUAACAGAUGUAGCCAUUGCGGUAACUAGAGCCACUACUGUGUCAACGGAACAGACAGAAGAAGCACAGCACAGUAUUAAAAGUGAACCCUUAAGUGUAGAUGAAAGUCAUCUGUCAGCUUUAACUCCAAAUUCAGAAAAGCAGCUUGCAGGAGACAAAAUAUUUGAUUCUGCUGUAACACCGAUGGACACAACCACACCACCAGAUGCAGCAACAUCACAAGAAGCAGCAGUAAUGCAACAGGACAUUAAAAGUGAAGAUGAUGGCCAACUUCCAGGUGACAGUCAGUGUAAUUCCUCUGCAGUAGAAAUGGACACACCACCACAAGACAAACUGACAUCACUACAAACAGCAGUAGCCCAGAAGGACAUUAAACUUGAACCAUCAAGUGUGAAUGGAACUGCAGCACCAACAGAGGAUCUUCACACUGAAGCUCAAAUCACACCAUUGGUAUUUGCCUCAGAUGCGUCUUCAGGUGUUCAGAAUACAAAAGCUGCUGCCCAGCCAAAUAAUCCACAGUCGUAUUCCUCUGCAAUGGUUAGGAAUGAUGACCUUCAGUGGUAUGACGUUGGAAUUUUUAAAGGGAAUACAACUACAGUAACACAUUUUUACCAACCACCAGCAGGACAACCGAAUACUACACUGAUGAAGAAUGACGACAUUCCAGAUUACGGUAAAUUACAUAAGGAACAGCUGUCACCAGGCACAAUAUAUAGGUUCAGAGUCGCUGGAAUUAAUGGUUGUGGAAGAGGUCUUUUUAGCACCAUUGUUCCAUUGAAGACUUGUGCUCCUGGUUUUCCAGGGGCCCCAUCAUCUGUUAGAAUUACAAAGGUUGCUGAUUGCAUUCACCUCACCUGGCAGCCUCCUGCAUUACCUUCUGGAAAAAUUUUUGAGUAUUCAGCUUAUCUUGCUGUACGAUCGACGCAACUGAAUCCUGAAAGUCCUGCUCAGUUGGUAUUUCUCAAAGUUUACACUGGAAAGAAAACCUCUUGUAUUGUAUCAGCUGCACAGCUUGCUGGUGCACAUAUUGACUGUACCUCAAGGCCAGCCAUUGUGUUUAGGAUCAUGGCGAAGAAUGAGAAGGGUUAUGGACCAGCUACACAAGUUCGAUGGUUGCAAGAUUCCAGCAAAAACAAGCAAGAUAUGAAACAAGCAGAAAAUCCGGCAUAAUGAUAAUCGAUUUGAAUUGAUUCCGUUGUCCAGCUGCAGCAGCAAAGCUGAACAGUUCAAAACGAGAAGCGCCACAGCACAUCUUAUUUUUCUGUAGUAUUUUGUAAAUAUUGAGAUUGUUUAUGUUCAUGUGUUCAUAUCUAAUUUUAAUAAGAAUGGCAUUGGUUGUACAAUAGUAACUUUGAAAUGGUCACUUUGUCUAUGACUGUUGUCUUAAAAAUUCUUUAUAUUUAACUAACUAACCUAUUUUUGUAAGUAGUCCUAUGAAAAACGUUUUAUAUUUUUGUAUUUUAAUUUACAUGUUAUGUCAAUGAGAACAGUUGUCCCGUUUUAAAGUCAGUGUAAUAAAGUGAGCACAGCAGGGUGACAUUUAGUCUCUCUCUGCAGUUUUUUAUUCCCA